CGUCUCUGUUUUAAUGUUUGCUUUCUUUUCUUAUGGCUGCUUAACUUGAUUUCAUUUCACUGCUGCAAACACAAGCGUCUGCUAGUUUCUUGUACCGUCCCAGCAGGUUUUAAUGCUCCUCUAUCGUGCAGAUAUUUUGAGGGACGGUCAAACAUGGACGAGCCGGACACCGCGGCGAUCCUCCCGGGAGAGGAGGACGCUCCGCCGGCCUGCGGGCCCCGGCAGCCCCCGUACUCGUGUCCUGUGGUGACCGUGGAGCCGGUGUUGUUCCUGUCCGUGUUCUCCGUAGCCCUGCAGGCCCCCCUGAGCACCCAGUACCUGUGGGAGCGCGUCAGCGAGGACCUGGGCUUCAACAGCUCCAGGAGGGCGGAGUGCGGCAACAGCUCUCUGCCCGCAGACCCGCUGCAGCAGGAGGUGGAAACUUUGACAGCCCACUGGAACCUGUACAUCAGUCUGGGAGGCUUUUCUGUGGGACUGUUGGUGGUGCCUCUCCUGGGCUCGUGGAGUGACCUUGCAGGUCGCAGACGCAUCCUCAUCCUCCCUAACCUUGGCAUGGCCCUGCAGGCUGUAGUUUACCUUGUGGUGAUGUACCUCAAACUGCCCGUGGGCUACUUUCUGCUGGGCAGGCUGCUUAGUGGCCUCUCGGGUGACUUUACUGCCAUCCUUGCUGGCUGCUUUGCGUAUGUGGCAGACAUCAGUGACAAGAGGUCUCUCACCUUCAGAGUAGCGGUCUUGGAGGCGUCCCUGGGCCUGUCAGGGAUGCUAGCCAGCAUCAUUGGAGGGCAGUGGCGCCGGGCACAAGGUUACAUCAAUCCGUUCUGGCUGGUCCUGGCCACCAACGUAGCCUCGGCUUUGUACGCUUACCUGUUUGUGCGUGAGUCUGUCGUCCCAGACCCAAGCGCUAAGCUCCUCACAAGUCGCCACCACAAAGCUGUCUGGCACCUCUACUCAACGGGAGGCAGCAGCUGUGAAGGGGACCGAAGAUUUCACAGAUGCAAGCUCUGGCUCUAUACGCUCUGCUUUUUUCUGGUGGUGACUGUUCACUGCGGCGCCAGGGAGCUGUACGUGUUGUACGAGCUGAGCUCCCCGCUGUGCUGGGGCUCGGACCUCAUCGGCUACGGCUCAGCAGCUCAGCACCUGGCCUACCUGAGCAGCCUGCUGGGGCUGAAGCUCAUGCAGUAUUGCCUCGACGACUCCUGGGUGGCUCUCGUGGGUCUGGCCUCAAAUAUAACCGGCCUGGUGGUCUUUUCAGUCGCUGAUACCACCAACCUUAUGUUCACAGGUUAUGGUCUGUGUUUCCUCUUCAUGGCUGCGACUCCUGUCCUCAGAUCAAAGCUGUCCAAGCUUGUGGAUCCAUCCGAGCAAGGUGCCCUUUUCGCCUCCAUCGCCUGUGUGGAGAACUUGUGUUUCCUGGUGGGCAGUGGGAUCUUCAAUUCCCUCUAUCCAGCCACCCUGCACUUCAUGAAAGGCUUCCCCUUUCUUUUUGCUGCCAUUAUCCUUUUAUUCCCGGCUGGAAUAAUAGGGACCGUGCGAUGUUUGGAACAGAGGAGAGAUCAGAGUGACUCAACGGGAUCCUGAUGGAGAAGAGGCGGUCUGUCGGAGAGUUGCUUAUUUCUGUUGUCUGUCGGUGAGGUGAGCAUUUCUGACGGAGAGGCAUCCAUCAUGUCUGCAACGCAGGGGGAAACUUGGAUAUUUACAAAGAUACAGGAUGAGGCAUUUGAUGGGAUUUUUCCACCUAGAGACACCAAAGAGACCAAGAAGAAUGACCAAAAAAAAAACAGCUAUGUAUUAACAGACAUUACCGCUAAACAUCUUCUGUUAAAGAAGUAGUGGAGGUUG